AGUUUGUGAGAGACAGCCGACGAGAGUGGAGGCGCUAUAUUUUUUUACAAUUCUAAAGUCCAGUUUUUUUAAGAAAAAAAUCUAAGAAAUCGCAACGUUUCAGAUUUAUAUCUGUUCCGUUUUGAAACAACAUUUCUAAUUUUGACAUAAUUCUAAGAUUUUAAUAUCAAUUACAUCAUUUGAGUAUCUGAAUAUUUUUGUGAGCAACUGACCUUAAACGUGAUACAACUCCAUCCUCCAGAAUCCAGUAUAUAUUAGAUUUUUGCGUCACCGUUUUUCUUGUAUCUCCCUGAGUCACAAGUGUUCUGAUUUUUCUGCACAUUCAUAACGAGACUAAGUUUCCGACAUAAAACUAAAUUGUAAUGAACUCCAAUUUUAUUAAGUGCAUUCAGUAAAUUUUUGCAACGAAAUAGCAGGCCUCAAAGCCAGAAAUACUGAAUUCAGACAAACUGAAGUCAAUGGCCACACAUUGCUCGCUGGUAGUUGCAGAGAGCAAUUGAAAUGUGUGCAGCAAUGUUAUAAAACAGAACUACAGCUUAAAAUUGGGUAGAACUUUGCUGUUCGUCCGUCACUUAAGCUUAGAAUACAGUGUUCUUGAUGCUGGCAACAUGGCUCAGACAAAGAAAGAACAAGAACAGCAGCCACAAGCUCCACCCCCACCGCCUCCUCCAAUCAAACGCGUCGUUGUAGCCGUGUUACCUGGCAAAGAGGAGCUAGUCGCCUCGACGCCAAACCAACGCAACUGGCGAGGGAUUCUGAUCGCUUUGCUCGUCAUAGUGGCCGUUCUCGGUCUAAUCGUUUUCUCUAUUGUGCUGUUGUCCCCUCCUGAGGAAGGACCUCGAGUGAAAGGUCGAAAGUUCACCCUGGAAGAUGUGCUGGGCCCACACUACAGAGCACGGCGUUUCAAUGGCACCUGGGUGUCCGAAGUUGACCUCGUGUACCGAGACGUGGAGGGCGGAGUGACGCUGUUCAACGCAGAGAACCUCACCACCAGGGUCCUCAUGACCAAUUCCACAUUUAGGCAGUUGAAUGCUUUAGACUUCAGGGUGUCCAGUGACCUCAAUUACAUACUACUGAUACUGGAUAUCAAAAAGGUGUUCAGGCAUUCCUACGAGGCCCGGUACUUCAUCUUCGAAGUGCAGACUUCGAGAAAGUUUGAAUUGGGCCUGGGGGACAGUGAGGUAGAUAACCACCCGUACCUCCAGCAUGUCGUAUGGGCACCAAAGGGAAACGCCCUGGCCUUUGUGUACCGCAACGACGUCUACUACAAGACCGGUGCAUUGACCUCCCACGCUUAUCGUGUUACUAACACAGGAAGACAGGGCAUUGUCUUCAAUGGCAUCCCCGACUGGCUUUAUGAAGAGGAGAUUCUCAAGUCUCCAAACGCUCUAUGGUUUUCACCUGAUGCUCAGUUUCUUCUUUAUGCCUGUUUCAACGACUCCCUAGUGGGAGAGCUGAAGUAUCCGUGGUACGGCCGCAUCCAGGAGCGGUUGCGAUAUCCUCAGAUACGUAUGCUGCGUUAUCCUAAGGCUGGAACAAGGAACCCAGAAACCACACUAUGGGUUGUGGAUCUGAAACACCCCACACGGCUAAAUCCAGUGGAUCUGAAGCCACCACUGGUUCCUCAGCCCAAUUCACAGUCAGGAUGGGACCACUACUUCACAGCAGUAACAUGGCUAGCCCAUCAUCAGGUAGCUGUGAUAUGGAUGAAUCGUGUACAGAAUAUGUCAAUUAUAUCGCUCUGUCGAGGACCAACGUGGAACUGUGACACUACACAGAAACUUCAGGCUGAGCCCACUGGAUGGAUAGAGCUGUAUGAUGCCCCACUCUUCAGUUCUGAUGGCUGCUGCUACUUGGCACGCUUGCCAGUCCUUGAGGGAGAACAUGGCUACUACAAGCACGUGUGUCACAUGGAUGUUGCCAGUAAAAGAAAUACACCUCUCACACAAGGCAGGUUUGAGGUCACUCAGAUCCUGGCUUGGGAUGAGGAGAAUCAUUAUAUAUAUUUUGUAGCAGCACCCGAACAUAAACCAGGGGAAAGACACCUUUAUCGAACAGGUGACCUUAACAUCAGCUCUCCAGAUACCCGACAGAUGGACUGUCUUACAUGUCCACCAUUGGAGCCAUCUCAAAGCCUGUACCAUCAUGGACUGGAGUCACCACGUAGUACAGCUAUGAGUGGGGACAUCAGCACUGAUUACAAUGCAAGUGAGCUGGCCUCAUGGCCGCCUUGCUUGUAUGUGGCACCACACUUGAGCCCAGGCCAGAGUCCCCGCUUCUACGUGUUAGAGUGCCUGGGUCCAGACCCCCCCACUGCUUCCCUAGUGGACCUGUUGAGCAACACAAAGCUUGUUGUGCUGGACACACAACCUGCGCUCAGGGACCGUCUUGCAGUCAUGGCCUCACCUCAGGUUAAAACUAUCAAAGUGUUGGUGGAUGGAGGUUAUCAUGCACAGGUGCGCCUUCAUCUGCCACCAGGAUUGAGGGAAGAUGAAGAAAUGACUUUCCCUCUUAUAUUGCAUGUGUGUGGAGCUCCUGGAUCACAACUUGUUUCUGAGCAAUGGUCUGUGGACUGGGGAACAUAUUUAGCCAGUAAUCGCAACUUCAUUGUAGCCCAGAUAGAUGGGCGCGGCUCCGGUUAUCAAGGUGACCGUCUCAUUCACGAGUUGCAUUAUCGCUUGGGUAGUGUUGAAAUUGAAGAUCAAAUUGCUGUUACCAAGUACUUGCGGGAUCUCAAAUUUGUAGACAGGGAGCGUAUGGCAGUAUGGGGGUGGAGCUAUGGAGGUUUUGCAGCAGCCAUGAUCUUAGCACAGGAUGAAGAAGUUUUUCAUUGUGGAAUCUCUGUUGCACCCAUCACCAGCUGGGCUCACUAUGACUCAGUGUAUACAGAACGCUACAUGGGCACACCCAAUGUGACUGAUAAUUACCGAGGGUAUGAAGAGGCAGAUGUCACUAAGCAUGCUGGAAACCUACGUAAUAAACUGUUUUUGCUGAUACAUGGAACAGCUGACCAUACUGUACACUACCAGCAGAGCAUGAUGCUGGUCAGGGCACUCACUGACCAGGGAGUUCUCUUCCGACACCAGACAUAUGCAGAUGAAGGCCACAGCUUCUCUGGAGUCCAGCAUCAUUUCUACAAGGCCAUGGAAUCCUUUCUGGAUGAUUGUUUUGGUCCACUUGAUUUUGAAGAAUGGGAAAUUGGUACAAGUUUCUUCACAUUUAAGCAAUAGCAAGUACCAGGGAGACNAGCAGAGCUGGGAACUCAACCAACAGCAGCCAGGUUUAGCAGCUGCCAUAUUCAAAGACAGGUCACAUGAAUAAGCAUUCAUUAACACAACACAAACAUAUUAUAUGCUGUCAAUGAAAAGUAGGAACACCACCAGGGGCAAUUGUGAGCAUAGAAUUUAAAUUAUAUUAUCUUACAAAAUGUAGGCAAAAAGAUAUUUUCCUUACAUUGUACUUACAUUGCAUUUUCUCUCAAAAAUGUUAAUUUGGGCCACUGCCAUCCCAAAUCUUUUCCUAAGAUGUUUUAACUUCAUAUAGGUAGUGUGACUACUGC